AGGGCGACAGAUCUCGGAGAAUACACGAAACGUGAAUAUCGGGCUGUUUCCCCACAAUUUGGCGCCAAAAGUAGUCAAGCACGACAAAGCACGGUGGACGGAUUCUCAGCGGCCGACUUCAUACAACAGCAAGCUGUAGCAUUACGGCGAUUAUUAUUAUUUGUCCUCAUUUAUUCAUCUGGAAACUUGAACGCAUCGUGCAUAGCAUUCGAUCGAAGAAGUCAGCAUGACCGAAAAUAACAUCGUCGACUGGACCCCGGAUUUUUUUUUGGCAAACGAAGCCAAUUGUCGCCUUGUACUAAGUGAAACUGCUAAUCGACUGUCGGUGCCAUCCCUUAACUCCAUACCCUUACACUCGUUUAAGGAUAAGCAAUUGGCCAGGUUCCGAGGAAUGAUUCAGGACACUUACAACCCUGAGUACUACCUUGAUCGAUUUCAAAUUCGCAAUGUUGCCACUAACGAGACGACAACCUGCUGCGGGCGGUACAGAGAUACAUUGGACUCCUUGCCAGGUGAAACUGUGAUCGUUGACUCCAAAGAGAAUGUCAAUGCUGAACGGCAGACAUGUUUUGUUAUAUCAGUUCCUGGCGUCAACAGUUGGGCAAAGGAAAAGUGUACAGUACGCGAAAAUGCACCUCAAGUCUCAACUAACACUGCCACCAAGCGUUCACUAGAAUCUGAAGAAAUGGAAUGUGUAGAAUUCAGUAGCAAAAAACACACACAAACAACCCCGAGCUCAGGUGAUGGCGAACCACGCUUGCUGUCCAGAGAACAUGCAAUGAAUUUCCCCCUUCCCAAUGACGAUGGUAAAGCCUGCAUCGUGAAGAUAUAUGAUGAAACGUCGUUCAAAUUGAACCAGAUCAUCGACAUUGUAGGCUUCAUGUCCUUAGACCCAGCUUUGAGCGUUGCUCAUGAUCCAGACAAGUUGAUGGAUGACAUCGAAUUUCAGUCUCACAAUCCACCCGUGUCGCUGAUACCUCGAUUGCACGCGAUCGACGUCAAGGAUGUGUCCAUGGAGGAGGUUCCACAAACUAUCCAAGGUGAUUUAACCUUUCCCGUUACCACACGGAGUGACCUGAAGCUAGUGUUGAGUCAGAUUCUAUUUGGAGAUGUCUUAGCGGCCGAAUAUGUCAUAUGCCACCUAAUAUCUUCCGUCUAUUUGAGACGGGACUUUCUAUCCCUUGGUGCGUUUCCGUUGAACAUAACGAAUUUGCCUCUCGAUAAGUGCCAGACUUUUCCAGAAGAUUUUUAUGGAAUAUUAUCAUUGUUGCUACCGAAAAGUCACCUCAUUGGCAUGACUUUGGAUGAACUUAACAACCUGAAUCUGCAGCCCAAAAAAGACUACGACUGCAACAGAUUGACUAGCGGGGUGUUGCAGCUCAGCGAUAAUACGCAUCUUGUAUUAGAUGAAACAAAGCUGACCGACGGUCAGGUUUCGGCAAACGGGAGGAAAAAUUAUGAAGCUUUCUCCACGUUGAUUAAUUCCCAGACGGUUACCUAUGACUUCAAGUAUUACACAAUGGAUUUUCCGGCUGACAUACCCGUUCUGAUACUGUCGGAAUCAAAGUCUAUGAUUCCUUGUUAUAGGCAAAUCGUGUUGGAAAAGAAUUCAAACAGUGAGAAUAUCUAUUCGGAAACCCUGGAAGCAGUCAGGCAUUAUUUGAGUGAUGAAACCAGGAUAUAUAACAUUCGAAACUGGUUGAGGGUAUCGAGGCGACGCGACAUCGCAAUCGAAACCGAGAAUAGCAUAGGAGACGUAAUCCAAAAGGAUUUCGUUGAAAUGCGUCAGUUGGACAAAAGUACAUCAGCGGAGGAUCUGCAUUCGCUAAUGGUUCUCGCUAGAUUGAUAUCGAUGUCGCACGGUAUGGACAAAUUGACCGUUGAUUACUGGCACGAAGCCGUUAGAAUGGAGAAGGAACGUAAACGCAGACUGCAGAGAUAGCGCGUGCAGAUGUGAAAUGAGUCAUCAGUUUUCCGAAUAUACUCGCGUAUGAAUUACACACAGCUUCCUAAAUAUGUAUAUGCCUUUUUUACAACUUCACCGAACCAUCUCGGAUUUGUUUUUUUUAUUUUUAUUUAUUUCUCUUACCCAAACUAAAUUCUGCCCUGUGUAUACACAAACGGCGUUAUAACGACUUCGAACCUCGAGGAUCUUGGCUAGUGAUCAAAAGCCAUCAAGUUAAUGAUGGCUGGCAGGUAGAUAAGCACUCUGUCUUGUCGACGUUAAGAGCGAACAAACAGGAUAUCACACCUAUCAAUAAGUUAUUCGUGGAGAGAAAAUCUCCUGAAAUGAACCAACAAUAUUAUAUGAUUCAGUGGUGCAGAAGUGAUAUCUUCGAUCCAAACGGUUCCCAUUGAUACAUACGGAGCUUGAACAAGCUAAAACUUGCGCAAGGCUACGACUGUGAGUAAAAAAAAGAAAAAUAUUGUGAAAUGUUUGACAGUCGAAUUUGAAGAUUGAUUCUUAUUUUUCAUAAUUCAAAAUAACUGCAGGAAUAGUUCAACUUUUACGUCAUACUUGUGUACGUAUAUCAGGCAAUAAAGUUUGGAUUCUUUAU